AUGACGUUCUCAAUAUCUAAAGUUCUCUUACCAUUUGUGCUUCUAGCACCAGCUGCACAUGCGGCCAGUCUAGCUGCGACUCCAUUGGUAUGUUCGAAUCCAACAUUGAGUUGCAGUGGUUCUUCUACCAAUACCUGCUGCUUCAACACUCCUGGAGGUCAAAUGGUUCAAACCCAAUUUUGGGAUGCGAAUCCUAGCACAGGUCCUGCAAACUCUUGGACUAUCCACGGUCUAUGGCCUGAUCACUGUGAUGGUACCUACGAUUCAAACUGCGAUACCAGCCGCCAAUAUUCAAGCAUAACGAAUAUUCUCACCGCCGCUGGCCAAACAUCUUUGCUCUCAUACAUGAAUACCUACUGGGUCAGCGACGACUCAACCAACGAGGUAUUCUGGGAACACGAGUGGAACAAGCACGGAACUUGCAUCAGUACCCUUGAGCCCUCUUGUUAUAGCAGCUACACCACUGGUGCAGAAGUCGUAGAUUUCUUCAACGUUGCUGUUGAUCUUUUCAAGAUCCUUCCUACAUAUACAUGGUUAGCCAAUGCAGGCAUCGUCCCCUCCGCCAGCAAAACCUACACCUCGGCCCAAAUCCAAGCCGCCAUCACCGCCGGCUUCGGCUACCCGGCUACCAUCCAAUGUUCUUCGUCGUCCCUAGACGCAAUCUGGUACUCCUUCGAAGUGCGAGGCUCCGUCGCAACCGGAACUUUCGUCCCCAGUGCCCCCGUUGGUCAAAGUGGUUCAUGUCCCUCAACCGGUAUUAAAUACGGUGUCAAAUCGGGUUCGGCGACUCCUACCACUACUGCAAUUGCACCAGUGGGAACGGGCUCGUUUUCGGGAUCGGGUUACUUGGAGGCGUAUGUUGGAAGUAGCAAUACUGGAUGUUUGAUUGGUGCAGGCACGUGGUAUAGCAGUGGUACUUGUGCCACCUACACUGCGACUGCUUCUGGAUCCGGCUUCACCCUCAAAUCCUCCAAAGGCACAUGCGGUAUCUCCAGUGGUAAAUUUAGCUGCGGCUCCGGCGUAUCCACCGUCUUCGGAUCCUCGGGCGGCUACCUAACCUACUCCGACUCCGCAACCUUCUACGCCACCGCCGUCCCAUCCGGCAGCACCCAAGCAACCGUCUACACCACCAGUCAAAGCGUAUCUGUAAAGUUUGCUUGGACGGCCGUUUAA